GAACAGACUUUUGUUUUGGAAAGCCGCUGAUCAGCGGCCGCCAUUAUUAUUCCUGGCUUGACGUCCGAAAUAAGACGGUUUAAAUAGUUUUCAACGUUGUAAUUUAGGGUAAACUGUUUUAUUUGUUGUGUGUUUGUGUCCGUCGAUACAUUUUCUUCUUGCGUUAGCCACGCAAAUUAGCAGAGCAUGGACAGACGGUCCAGUAGAAAAGGUGCUAGGAGCUCCCUUCCACUGGCCUCCCUCCGUCUGAUGGCUUCUCCUCUUCAACUUACAUAUUCCUACAUGUGGCAGGUCAUACGACAGAAAAAUGUGAAGCAUUAUGGGAAAGUGGAAGAGUUUGUGACUAUGGUGACUCAAACUGUUCCUGAGCUGCUGAGUUUCAAGCAGACUGCCCAGCUAAUUUUGGGGUUGAGAGCCAGGGUUAUCUUGGAGCUUCUUCACAAGGAAGGCCCACCAGAUCUGAAGGCUAUCCAGAUGCUCAUCAACAAGUUGAAGGUCACCACCACAUCUUCUGGGAAGGAUAAUGAAGUGGACAAAUCACAAACAAACUUCAUGGUGCUGGUGCAGAAUCUGCUCAAAAACCCCAAUGAAAGGAAGCGCUUCUUCAAGGAAGUCUUCCCUCUUCAUUAUGGCACAAAGUUUGAUACAGCACUGCAGGCUUUGAUCGCUGGACUGGUUUGCAAGUUGGAGCAACUUCUACCUGUUCCCAAUCUGUCCCAGCUUGGUUCUCUGAUCUCAACGGAGCCCAGCGUCUUGGAUGCUUGCGGGGCCUUUAUUCCUGACCAAGGAGAUUUGAAGACUCUUCUGCUGCACCAGCAGGCCAAAGGUCUCCUGGGCGUUAAAGCGACCGUCUCAACCUCAGUGGGCGACUGCGUACUUUCAUCCCUUGCCUUCCUUCCCAAACCGGUGGAACCACCAACACCACCCCCACCAUCGCCAAAGCAACCAGAGGCCACCCAUGACGAAAGGAGCAAUAUUUCCCUGAGUGACCAUGACGAUGCGGGAUGUGUCUCUGAUAACUCUGACAUUCAAGAAAUUUUCCCUGAGUCACCUCUGCAAAGAGAGCCGGCAAGCCACCCUACGGCUAACAACAAGCAGACAAAGGAAGCAGAUCCCGCUGUUUCUGCUCCACAGGAGUCUCCCACCGCUCCUCAGAGCAGCGGGAACGAUGGAACACCAGCACCUCCAGAAAAACCGGAACUACAGCGGCUGCCUUUGAAAUCAAUCCCAUUCAGGGUGGUACAGGUGCCGGUCAAACCUGCCGCUGCGACACUGAACGCCAGCAGCGCAGGAUCAAAGGAAGGGCCAAAGCCUCAGACUCAGAGGGUGACGUUACAUCAGUGGGUGUCGCAGAUUGCCUCGAACUCCAUGUCCCUUCCUGCUUUACCUCCUCUUCCUCCCGGCAGAUUUAGCGACUGCGAUGACAUGCGGCCUAGCAUACGACGAAAAAAGCAAUUCAGGCAUUUGACCGACCGAUACAGCUGCAGUGUGUGCGAUAAGAGCUUCCCCUAUCAGUCCAAGCUGCUGGAUCACGAGCGCAUUCACACUGGCGAGAAGCCCUACCUGUGCACGGCGUGCAACAAAAGUUUCCGAACGCAGGGGUUCCUAAACAACCACCUGAAGACCCACAGCACAGAACGUCCUUUCGCCUGCGGUCAGUGCGGCAAGUGUUUCACCAAACUGCAAAGUCUGACCAAGCACAUACUGGCCCACAGCGGCCAGAAGCCCUUCUACUGCAACAUCUGCAACAAGGGCUUCACCCAGUCCACCUACUUCAAGAGGCACAUGGAGUGUCACACCAGCCAGAUGACUUUCCCCUGCAAGCACUGCAACAAAAUCUUCCCAACAGCCUUUAAGCUGUCCAACCACGAGCGCUGGCACACCAGAGACCGCCCCCACAUGUGUGAACGCUGUGGGAAGAGGUUCCUCGUUCCCAGCCUGUUGAAGAGACACAUGGGCUACCACAUAGGCGAUCGGCAGUACCUAUGCUCCCAGUGUGGGAAGACCUUUGUGUACCUGUCGGACCUGAAGAGACACCAGCAAGACCACAUCCCCAAAGCCAAGAUCCCGUGUCCGAUCUGCCAAAAGAAAUUCUCCAGCAAGUACUGCCUGAGGGUUCAUCUGAGGAUCCACACCAGGGAGAGGCCCUACCGGUGCACCAUAUGUGACAAGACAUUCACUCAGGUCGGCAACCUGAAAGUGCACAUCAGGUUGCACACCAACGAGCGACCCUUCAGCUGCGACGUGUGCGGAAAGACCUACAAGCUGGCGUCUCACCUGAACGUCCACAAACGGACUCACACGUGCAAAAAGCCCUGGACGUGCGAGACGUGCGGGAAGGGAUUCUCCGUCCCCGGCCUCCUGAAGAAGCACGAGCAGCUGCACAUCGACGAAGCAAACCCCGACUUUGCCGGUAAGCGAAGGCACCGAGGCAAACACAAGAAGCACUCCCUCAAGAGAAAGUAUGACGAGGAAGAGGAGGGCAGCGAUGACUAUUAAACAAAAAGGAAUUUAUUUGUGCUCAUAAAUGCUGAUCACUGUUAGAAAAAAAAGGGUCCUGUGUUGAUCAUGUGACUAUUAAAGCGACAUUUUUUGGAUGAUAUACAAUCCCUUGUUCAUUAUGAGUAAUCAUAAUUGACCAAAGUAUUGUUUUUUAGUCACUUCAUGAGCAUAGAAAUCAUGCAUUUUAAUGUAAAACCAUUUCCCCAAAUGAAAAAGUAUUUCUCUUUUUAUUCUACUUCAUGGUGUGACAAAAAAUAAAAAGGGGAAAACAGUAAUCGUCAGUCACUGAUUCUGUAAAUCUUCCACCUUAAAAAAAUUAGAGGUCUGUAAUGUUUAUCAUAGAUACAGGAAGAGAAUUUUUGCUUUAUUGUCUACACCGUUGUACAAAAAAAUAUUUAAAAAUCACUUUUUUAGAUUAUUUCUCUCACAGUUGAAGAUGAUGAACAUUAGUCACCAAACUCAUCCCUUUAAUUUGCUAAAUUAGUGACUUAACUGCUUUUUUGCCUCACUGUAUGUUGUACAUUGUGAUUUGGGGCUAAAUAAAGCCACCCAGGAUUUUUACUUAAACAUAUUUACAUUUGUGUGAUUGUAGUUAUCUUUGUAUUUUUACUAAGUCUAAAAAAUAUCAGCAUCAUGUUUAUGUAAAAAUACACUUUUUAUAUGAUAAAAAUGUAAAUAUUUCAAAGCAUGUGACUGUAGGAAACUUCUUGAUAUUUGAUAAAAAAAACUGUAGCACAUAGUGCAAUUUUCUUUGAUUUGCUUUACUUUUUUGUCAUUUUCAACUUUUUUUUGUUUUGUUGCAACAAUUUACUGUAUAUAUUUCACCUUUUUUGUUGUUAACUUCACUUUAUCUUCAUGUUGAAGUGAAAACCUGCAAUAUUAAAGUCUAGAAAUAUGAGGUAAACCACCAAGUGAGAACAACCGUGUAUGUAACCCACCAAGAAAUGUUUGCAGCUUUUACAGAAAAAUAAAAAGUUUUGUCAAAAACAAA